AUGGCCCCACCGCCAUUACCUCUUAGGUCGGUGAAGAAGCUGCUGACGUGUCUUACCCUUUUAAUUGAAAUUAUACCGUUUUACUUAACUCUCCACCAAUCCAAAACCACAAACAAAAAAAAAUCUCCCCUCACUCUAACACUCAUGGAAAAAUCUUCAUCAAACCCUACUACGCACCUGAAACAAAAAUCGAGAUUCACGGAGCCGGAGGUGGAAGCGGCGUUGCAACUUAUCCAACUCAGCGGCGAGUCCGACGCUUAUCUUCAGGGUCACAGACUCAGUAUUUCCUCCGGCGAGAUUUUAGCGACAAUAUCGAUGAAGAGAAAGAAGGAAGUCGUUGGUGAUCAUGACGAAAGUCAAGGGAGUAGUACCUCUGAUAUAACUUCGGCUGUGAGAAGAUUCUUUGUUCCGAGAUUUGAAGCGGAGGGAGACGAUGAGGAUGAGAAUAGUGAUGUCACCGGAAGCAGGAGAAGGAAGUGGAAGAAGUUUCGAUCUGUUAUGGAACUCUAUGAGAUAAGUAGCUGA